AUGCAAUCAUCAAAUUCCACCCAGGACAAUGCUUUGGUCGCAAACCAGUUUUCCCAAGUCGUGAAGUCGCUCGAUUCGAAAAGCCAACCCACCUCUCCCUCCAUUCGACCGAUGACGCCGAAAAUCGAAGUGGAGGAGUCCGUCAAGCCUCCCGAGGGCAGCGUGAAGCCAAGCGACUACGGCCGGAUUUCUUCUCGCACCCGCUCGCGUACUCGCUCACCCUCGACUCGUCGCGCCAUCUCGCCUCGUUCAUCCAAGAAAGCCGCGUCAUCUGCUCGUCGCCCUGCAAAGAAUACCCGGAAGUCGGAGUCUGCUAAAACCGUUGGAUCUCGCCGUCUCAUCAAGAGAAAACCUACUCCUGCUCCAUCCGAGACGUACUCUCGCGGCAAAGAUUCAAACAGUGCCUCGUCCGACUCCGAGAAGAAAACCUCUACCAAAACCGUUCGCAAGAUCGCAAAGACGAAGAAAGGCCGAUCGAAGUCGAAGAAGUUGGCAAAGAGAAGUGAUAAGAGUGGGAAAGAUUCAAGUGGCGGCUCGUCCGACUCCGAGAAGAAAACUCCUACCAAAACCGCUCGCAAGAUUGCAAAGACGAAGAAGGGUCGAUCCGAGUUGAAGAAGUUGGCAAAGAGAAGUGAUAAGAAGCAAUCUUCUGAACCGGAGAAGGAAAGCACUUCAUCGACCUCAUCGGACAGCUUGCCCAAAAAGAAAAAGGAGCAAACGGAGAAAGCUUAUGUGAAACGAGGACGUGCUAAGAACUCUAAUGUCGAUUCAUCUGCUUCGGAGUAUGAAAAGAAAGAUGUCGCCAGGGAUAGAGAACAAAAAAAGUUGGCACAGGGAGCUACAAAGAAGCAAUCGCCUGAUUCAAACAAAGAAGGCUCUUCAUCGGAUGAUCAACGCAAAGAGAAAAAGAAAGCCAAGAGGGUCACUGAAAAGCGAGGACGUGCAAAGACUCGCCGUUUGACAUCUGAAGCUUCCAACAAGCGUCAGCGCAAGGUUUCCCGUGGUAAAUCGAGUGAACCCGAAGUGGAGCAUCGAGCUGCUAAGAGGGAAAUGGCA